AUGGCAGACACACGCUUCAAGUUAAACACAGGUGCGGAGAUUCCAGCGCUCGGUUUGGGCACAUGGCAAUCUGCUGCGGGGGAGGUUAAGAACGCAGUAUCCGAUGCUCUUUCCCUUGGAUAUAGACAUAUUGACGCCGCAUACUGCUAUGGCAAUGAGGACGAGGUAGGAGCGGGCCUCAAGAAGGCAUUCGAUAGUGGGAUCAAGAGAGAGGAUGUCUUCGUCACCACUAAGCUUUGGUCUACCUACCACUCUCGCGUCGAGGAGAACCUUGAUAUGAGCUUGAAGAGUCUGGGCUUGGACUAUGUAGAUCUAUAUCUCGUGCAUUGGCCGGUUGCCAUGAAUCCUAAUGGAAACCACGAGAAAUUCCCCAAGCACCCCGACGGUUCGCGCGAUCUUGUUAAGGACUGGUCCCACAUUCAAACAUGGAAAUUGAUGGAGAAGCUCGUGGCAACCGGCAAGGUCAAAGCAAUUGGGGUGGCCAAUUAUAGUGUGCGAUUUCUCCAAGAACUGCUGCCCCAAGCCACCAUUGUGCCUGCGGUCAACCAGAUUGAGAAUCACCCUUCCCUGCCCCAACAGGAGAUUGUAGAUUUCUGCAAGUCAAAGGGCAUCCAUAUCACGGCCUACAGCCCUCUCGGCAGCACAGGAAGCCCUAUGUUCACAGCAGCACCAGUUGUAGAAGUUGCGAAGAAGCGCAGUGUAACUCCUGCAGUGGUGCUUUUGAGUUAUCAUAUUGCGCGAGGAAGCUCAGUUCUUGCAAAAUCGGUCAAUCCCGAGAGGAUAAAGGCAAAUAUGGAGCUUAUCAAGCUCGAUGAUACCGACAUGAAGGUUCUUAAUGAUUACUCCAGAGACUUGGAAUCAUCUGGAAAGGUUGUGAGAUAUGUCUACCCUGCCUUUGGAGUUGACUUCGGAUUCCCUGAUAAGUCCUAG